AUGGAGGGGCUGAGGCAGCGCUGCCCUCUGCCCCCCGCCGGCCAGGGCUGCCCCCGGCCCGGCCGCGGCACCGCAAUGCUGGUGCUGACGCUGCUGCUGCUGCUCCUGCACCCCCUGCUCCGGGGCCUGGCUCUGCAGCUGCACUCGGCUCUCACGGGCAGCUACAUCCCAGGGACACACUCCGUGGCCUUUGUCACCUGCCUCAACGAGCACAUCGCCAGGGACAUCGCCAGGGCCAUCAUGGACAGGAGGCUGGCUGCCUGCGUGAGCAUCCUGCCCAAGAGCUCGUCCCUGUAUUUCUGGAAAGGGGAACUGGAAGAAUCCACUGAAAUACUGCUGUUGGUGAAAACAAGGACGUCCAAAAUAGGGGAAUUGUCCAACUACGUCAGAUCCAUCCAUCCCUUUGAAAUCCCCGAGAUCAUCAGCCUGCCCAUCGACCAAGGAAACCCUGCCUACCUCCAGUGGAUGGAGGAGAACAUCCCGCGGCGCUGAGAGGCGCCAAGUGCGUCUCGUUCUUGGGCAGCUUUUAUCCAACUCUGGGGUUUGCUGGGACACGGGAGCUUGGGACAGGGAAAGCUCUGCUCCCCGGGCAGCCCCAAGCUGGCACAGGCUGAGCUGGGCAGAGCUGCCUGCACCCAAAGCCAUCCCUGAGGAUAGGUGGUAAUGCCCCUGCCGGGACACUCGGGGCUGCCUCGGGCUGUCAGCAGCGAAUUCCAGCCAGGAGCUGUGGCCUGGCAGCCCCUGCAGUGCCGUGUGUCCCCAGAGCCUGGAGCCCUGCCUGGCCCCCCAGCAUCCUGCCCGCUCUGCCCCGGCCCUGCCUCCCCUGGCAGCCCAGGGAAGCAGCAAAGCCCAGCAGGAUUCAGCUGUCCCUGUCACUGAGAGCUGGGAUGAGCUGGGUGGGCAGUUCAGGGAGGCCAGGUGCCAGCAGGAGCAUGGCACUGCCCUGGCACUGUGUCCCUACCCCCACCUGAGCUGUGCUUUCUGCCAAGCUGGGCUUUGUGAAAGGAUCCUCACGUUAAUGGUUUCUGGGACAUAACUUAGGGGAUGUUUUUGGGUUAUUUAUGUGACUGGGAAGG